UCGCUCCGAAGUGAAAUGAAUCGGGGCCAAAACUCAAAUAUUUGGUACGCAACGCCUAGUGCAAAAGGAUUAGUGAUGUAAACAAAGUAUUUAAAAGGGAAUUUGUUUAAAAUUUUUUGUUUAUUUUAACGUGGUAUAUUGACUUUAGAAUGAAAUUGACUUCUCUAAAUUGUUUUAAAUAACUAUACUUGCUUUUUAGACCGUGGUACACUAUUUAAUUUUAAGUUUGGUUUUCGAACUGUGACUAUGUCGUGGAAAGCUGUAGAAAAAUCACUAACUCGGCGGAAAUUUAUACCAGCAGAAAAUUUAGUAACGACUCGAUUAAAUCGCUGUUUAAAUACAUUUGAUCUUACGUUUCUAGGUGUAGGGAGCACUCUAGGCCUUGGUAUUUAUAUAUUAGUGGGUCAAAUUGCUAGUAACACUGCUGGGCCAGCAGUUGCUGUAUCUUAUUUGAUAGCUGCCAUCGCCUCUGUAUUUGCAGCUCUUUGUUAUGCUGAAUUCGGAGCGAGAGUGCCGAGAGCAGGUUCUGCCUACGUGUACAGUUAUGUUACAGUGGGAGAGUUCAUGGCAUUUGUCAUUGGUUGGAAUCUAGUUCUGGAAUAUGUCAUAGGCACAGCAUCUGUAGCUAGAGGCUAUAGUGGCUAUAUUGAUACUAUAUUCAAUGGGACUAUAGCUAGGCAUUUGAAUGAAACAAUGCCCAUGCACCUCAGUGGUCUAUCCUCAUUUCCAGACUUCUUAGCUUUUGGAAUUACUCUUCUACUCACUGUUAUCCUGGCCUUUGGUGUGAGAGAGUCUUCUCGUUUUAACAAUGUGUGCACCAUUCUGAACCUUCUGGUAGUCGUUUACGCCGUGAUCUGUGGAUUAUUCAAAGCAAAUCUGCAUAAUUGGCAGCUUACCCCUGAGGAAAUACCAGACACCAAGUACGGGUCUGGGGGAUUUUUCCCUUAUGGCUUCCACGGAGUGAUCAGUGGUGCAGCUACCUGUUUUUAUGGAUAUGUUGGAUUUGACUGCAUAGCUACGACCGGUGAAGAGGCAAAGAAUCCCCAGAAAUCUAUUCCAAUAGCCAUUGUGAGUUCCUUAUUCAUUGUAUUUUGUGCCUACUUUAGUGUCUCUUCUGUCCAGACUCUUAUGUGGCCGUAUUAUGAUCAAGAUGUUCCAGCUCCACUACCCUAUGUCUUUCAAAUGGUUGGAUACCCAGUGGCCAAGUGGGUCAUCACUGUCGGAGCUCUGGCUGGACUAUCGACUAGUCUUUUAGGUGGUAUGUUUCCCCUUCCCAGAAUCAUCUACGCUAUGGCCAACGAUGGAUUGAUUUUCAAGUUUUUGGCCAAGACUCACGAAAAGUACAAAACACCUUUGCUGGCAACUUUUCUUUCUGGUUUGUUUACAGGUUUUAUGGCAAUGAUUUUUAAUGUUACUGAACUAGCAAACAUGAUGUCAAUUGGUACGCUAUUAGCGUAUACUUUAGUAGCAGUUUGCGUCUUGAUCUUAAGAUACAGGGUGGAUAGGGAAGUUCUACCGUUAUCACCUCUGGGUGUUCCCGGCAGUAUUGAACAAUCUAGUGGUCUUGAAAAUUCCACAUUAGAUUCCACUUUCCUGGCAGAUAAUCCUUAUUUCAUCCGAGAGAUGUCCAAAAAGAUUAAUUACACGUCGUCCACCAGCACGAUGCUGGCGUCCACACAUCACUACACAUUCAGGGAUUACCUCACACAAAUAUUCAACUACGAGAACAUAGAAAUACAGACAGAGCUUUCAUCCAAAGUGAGCAUGAUGUUGAUAUACUGCAUAGGUAUACUUCUUGUUGUUUUGGAUAUCCUCCUCACUGUAUUGGAUUCUGAAAUAUUUGCCUUAGACCCUGGAGCUCUCUUUUCUGUCUCAUCCAUAGCCAUCAUUGUUAUUAUUGCCACCAUCGCUUUAUCCAGGCAACCCACAGACAACAGGAGUCUCACCUUCAGGGUUCCCUGGGUUCCCACCAUUCCAGUAUUAAGUGUGUUUGUCAACUUUAACUUAAUGUUGAAAUUACCCUUAGCCACCUGGAAGCGUUUCCUCUACUGGAUGAUUGCAGGUUUUGUCAUAUAUUUUGGCUAUGGUGUGUGGAACAGCAACGAACGGAGGAUGGAUGAUCCCCCUUUGCCGCCUUUAAUAGAAGAAUCUGCUCAGGAAACGGAAGAGGAGGACCUCAAAACAGAACGUUCUCCACUUUUGGCAGAUGAUUGAAGAAAAAAAAUUCUUUUGUGAAUUUCUGUGAUAUCAGAUUAUUAUAUAUGUACUUGUGUGAUGAAAGCCACAGUUUACUGAAGUACGUUACAAUAAAUCUCAUUCAUAUGUUUUAUAAGAUUCGACAGUCGUGAGAUUCUUAAAACUUUUGAAGAAAUUUCUAACUUAGGAAGUAUUCUUAGUAUUUUUACAUUAUUUUGUUGUUUUAAUUUAUUUUAUUCUCUUUAAUCUUAAUUUAUGUGUGAAGCUUAAUAUUUUGUUAGACUGCUGUUUAUGCACACAGUAAAAAAAGACAAUUUUAAAAAUCAAAACGUUUUCUUUCGUGUAACACACAUUUUUUUAAUUAUUUGAGUUGAUAGGUGUGACUUCUUUUUUUUUCUCCCUCUGCGUGAUUAUAUGAAAAAAGUUUAUGUGCUUCAUGUAUUACAAAAUGAGACAAGCAUGAAUUCAUAAAUCAUGCUUAAAUGCCAAAUUUAUAAAUUCCUUAAUCUAACUAAACUUAAAUCAAUUUUUUUUUCCGUUCGACUCACAGACAACAAAGUAGAAGUAUUCUCAUUUUUAUUUAUAUGAAACCAAAUCCUUAUGGAAAACUUUUCUUUAUCACUUAAGUUGAUAAGUGAUUUUUUACGAUGUUGAUUCAAAAAGGUUCCUUUGUGUUUCAUUGUAUUAUCAGAUUUACUUGACGUUGUGUUAAAGGAAGACGACAGGAGUAUGUUACAAUAAAGCUCAUUCAUAUAAGAUUCUUUCAACUUUUGAAGAAAUUUCAUUCUCUUUUACCUUAAUUUAUAUAUAAAGCCUAAUAGUCUUAUUAGCAAGCAGGGCACAGGCAUGUCCCUAUAACACAUGUCAUACUCUUUAAAAUCCAACUAAAAGAAAUGAAAAAAACCAUAAAAUCAAGCAUUUUUAAGGUAAACAAGCAUUUUAACAAACUUAAACACAUAUUUAUUACUCUUAAAAACUCAAUGUACAUAAAAUGCAUAAUUUAAAAAUAAAAAAAAAUUAGAUCCUAACCAGUUGCAAUUCUCAAAUAAUAAAAUAAUUUUCGAAACUUAGAAGCUAAUUAAAAUAAUUAAUUUAAAAAAAACAUAAAGUGUAUCACAAAUAAUUAAAAAAUUCAAAAGGUAUGAAUAAUUUCAUCAAACUAUUUCAGUCUGUUAUUAAAACAUCAUUUUAAUGCACAUCAGUCAUAACCCAUUUAAGAGUUGCUGACCCAUAGUGCUCUGUCAUUCUUAACUCUUUCAAUUAUUACUUUAUUUAAUUAAUUAUAAAUACUAAACGGAGUGGGUGGUGAUCAAGCAUAUCUAGAGACAUGCCUUAGAGAGUUGAGUAUCCUAAACACUACGUUUUAACGUAGAAAAAUAGAUUUCGGUUUUCCUGGUGAUAAACUAUACAAAUUAUGGGUGUUUGCAUGAUAAUCACUAUUCACGGAAAAACAAUGCACACUUUUUUUCUGGGAAUAUAUUUAAAAAAAUAUUUAUAAUGCAAUAUUUUUAACUCUUAAUUUGUUUUAAAUACAAUUUAUGAAAAGUAAGAUUCUGAAGGUGCCCGGUUGUGUAAAGACGGUACUGCAACUCACAGACGUGGAAACAUCAUUUUUAUGUUUUUUUAUUUUAUUUAUAUUAAACCAAGUUGCAUGACUUAUUUCUUUAUCACUUGUGUUGAUGGGUGAUUAAACUGACAUUUACAAUUUUUUACUAUGUUAACACCUUGAAUCUCUAAAAUGGGCUAUUAGACAAAUCUUCAGUUGCCUACGGUUAAAAUGCUCUAUCCUGCAAAAUAACUGGUCUUGAAUAUGAAGUCAUAUUUGGAAAUAAAACGUAAGAUUUUUUUUAAUCCGAUGUAUUUAUAGGAUCGUAAUUGUUAAUGAAAAAUGUUUUGUAAAGAAAAAAGGAUUCUUUCAACUUUAAUGUUGAGAAUAUGUAUGAGUUAACCAUGCUUUUAAUUUUUUCCCAUUUAUUAGUGAUAUCCAUUUUAGUUAUUUCUAAGUAAUAGUUUCAAUUAUUUAUAAAUACACUAAGACCAAAAGUAUCCGGACACUCAGUGGUUAUGGACUUAGCAUACAUUAAUAUCUGAUGUUGUUCCCCCUUAUUGCAUCGACCUUCUUGGGAAGACUUUCCAACAGACUUCCAUGCAGAGCUUCUUGCAGUGAGUGCUACCUAAUCUGCCCUCUAAUUCGUUCCAAAGAUGUGUUCUCUGAGAAGGCCAGUCCAGUAUUUGAACACCCAUUUCGUCAAACAACAUCUGUGCAAACCUUGAUGUGUCAAUGCUGGAAGAGAUAUGGGCCCGAAUUAUUGCCACAGAGUGCAGCAUUGUCCACACACAUGUCAUGUUUCCAACCACAAUAAACACUGCCCCACACCAUUAUUCUUCCACCACCCUAACAACCGGGUGUCCAGAUGCUUUUAGCCUUAUUGUAAAAUAUAUUUUGUACUGCAUCCUGUGUGUGAAAAAUAUCAUUACCUGUUGCAUGGGCAAAUAUUCUCCAUUUUUAUUCUCCGAGUAAGAAGUUGCUUUACAAUAGAGAGUAGUUUAUUUCUGUUGACCCGGUUAUAAAGUCACCUUGCAUUUCACUGAAUUAAAUAUUUUGUUUUGUUAUUUAAUACAAACUUCUAAAAUAAAUAGUUGUAAAGAAAAAUGUCACCUGACAAUGCAAAUUCAAUAUCUAUGUCGGAACAUCCGUCAGAGUUGCCACUCCACAGGGAGAAUCGGGAAAACCUGGGAAGUACAGGGAAUUUACAAAUCACCUGAAAUAACAAGGAAAUUUGAUUUUUUCCUUACAAACUGGGAAAACUAUAGGGAAUUUCCUGUUUUUGCCUUUUAAAAGUGGCGACCAUGCAAAGCUCCAUCUAUGGAAUAUUUAAGGAUGAUAUUUCAUCUAUACUAAUCUGUUUAAUUUACUAUAGCAUUAUUUAAAUAUGUUCAGCUGUUCCUCUAAGUUUUUCCAGCAAUUAUAAUUAGUAUAGUUAGCCCAAUAUAGUUGACACAAGAAAACAGUAAUUGUGUGUUUCCUUUUAAUAUAGUGUGUAUAAUAUGGACAUUGAAAACACGGGGAAUUUUUAUCUCCAGAUUUGAGUGGCAACUCUGUGAAUGUUGUUAGAAAAAAAGCAAUAAGUGUAUGAUUUUUAUUUAUUUUUUAAAAAUUUUAGACAGUGGACGAUCUUUUGAAUAGCUAAAACCAGACUUCGCAAAAACUCAGCCCACCUGGAUUUUUUCAUGAGGAAACCCAAAUUUGUUCAGGGAAAAGUGGGUUUUAUUCAGGGAUAUCUUAAUAGCCCCAAUAAUGACAUAAACACGUUUUUAUGACUCAAUGCACAUACAAUAAGUCAUUUUCAAACUCUGCAUAAUUUUUUUUUAUUUUUAAAUGAGCCACUAUAGUCAGUGUCUAUCCUCAAAUAAUAAAAUAAUUUUCCAAACCAAGAAACUAAUUUAAAUAAUAAGAAAAAUUCAAAUCGUAUGAAUAUUUUUUGUCAAACAAAGUCAGUUAUUAAAACAUCAUAUUAAUGCACCUCAAAAGUUCCUCACUGAACUACUUUUUAUUUUAUUUAAUUAAUUAUAAAUAGUAUAAACAGAGUGAGUGGUGGUCAAUAAUUUUCAGAGAGAGUUGAGUAUUCUAAAAACUUCAUUUUAAUGUAGAAAAAUAGAUUUCGGUUGACUUUUUAAGUUUUGCUGGUGAUAAAACUAUUCAAAUCAAUUGGUGUUUGCAUAAUAAUCAAUCACUGUUAGUAGAAAGAAAAUGCACACUUUUUGUCUGGGAAUAUAUUUAUUUCAAAACAUAUUUAAUGCAAUGUUGUUUUUAAUACAAUGUAUAAAAAGUAAGAUUCUCAAGGGCCGCAUGGAGCCCAUUCCUGAAGGCGGUACUCGCUGUAUUGAAUUUUUUCGUGAAAAGUACCCAUUUUGUCUAAAUAUUAGUGAGUUUUUUUAAACUAUAUUCUAAUAUAUAUAUAUAUAUAUAUAUAUNAUAUAUA